UCGAAAAAAGGUAAAAAGGAAAGGAAAAUGAAGAGGCGAGAGGGAAGAGCAGCAAGAAGCAAGAAGGAGAAGAAGAAGAACAAAAAGGAAAAGGAAAAAGAAAGAGAAAGAGAAGCAGUCAGCAGCAGAGCAGCCAAACCUCCCAGCCCAGGGGGCUGAACUUUCAAGGAAAUUCCCCAUUUCGUCUUCUACUUCCCGUCUCUUCCUUGUCUCUCUCUUCACAGAGCCGAUCAUCCGAAGCGCUGGGGGUUUUCAUCGUUUCUUGCUUAUUCUGAGCCGUAUUGUUGUUUGAUUGGACCUUGAUUGGCCUUUUCAAUUGCGUCCGCUUUCAGAUCCAGAAGGGGCAAUUCCGCCAGAUCUGAAUCUGACUCGGUUGCAAGAUCCGAGAGAGUCAAUUUGGGGAGGCAUCUGCCAAACAAUGGACGAUUUCAGUACGUUGGCCAGAGAUUUUGGGUACAGACCCCAAGGAAAGUCGGCCCCCAUGGCUCCGCCCAAGACCACCGGCGGAUCGGACGGCGCAGAUCGCCGAGCUCGACCGUCGUCUGCUUCAUUCCGCGACGAUCGCGACGGGCUAUUGUUUAACGACGUGUUUGGUGGACCGCCAAGGUAUACGAGCUCCAACAACGCUAAACCCGCGUCGUCGGUGGCGGAUUUCGAUUACGAUUCGAUUUUCAAGAGCUCGUCCGCCAGCGAUUCGAAGAAUAGGUCAUCUUCGCCGGUGUACGAUAAGCCGGUUUACGAUGAGGACAUUUUCGAUGGGUUGCCUGGGUUGAAGAGUAAAUCCACGACGUCCUCCAAGGUUAAUUACGACGAGAAUAUUUUCGCGAGCAUUUCUUCGCCUCAGAAUUCGAAUCAGAGUGCUGCAUUUGAUGAUCUUCUUGGGAAUUUGGGUCGGACAGAGAAGCCGGAACCGAGGAACAACAAGAGCUCAAGAGGUUUGGAUGAUUUGAUACCUGGGCUUGCUGAUAGCAGUCCCCCCAGAAGCAGCAGGUCAUUUUCUGAGUCUAGCCGGCCGCAAAGGUCAACUGCUAGUUCAGUCAGACCAAAUUCUGACAUAAUGGAAGAUCCCUUUGUUGUUUUAGAAUCAACUUCAACACCUGCAGCUUCAUCCUCAGCACCGGUCACGGAUCCACUUGAAGAGAUCAGUAAGAUUGGUAAUUCUGGAAGCACAAAAGUUAGCAAUUCGACAGUUGGUGGGCCAAUAUUUGAAGAUAUAGAUCCCCUUGAUGAUUUUGGCAAUUCAAUUCCUACAUUUUCAUCUGAGACAAAUAAUAGGGCAAGGGAAGAGAGCCCUUCAAGGAUGGGAUCAAGAAAGGGUAGAGUGGAAACUUCUAAUACUGAAACAUUUGCAUCAUCAUCUUUCAGGGAUUCUGAGAGCCACUCACAGAAGAUGUCUGCUGAUAAUUUUCAGGAAUCCGAUCGUGCUAUGUUUGACAUGCCAGGUGUUCCAACAGACCUUAGGAAGCCUGUUGGUCAAACUAAUUCCCCUUCUUUCGUAAAUGCUAAUUUCAGUGAGAAAAAUAGCCAGGCAGACGUUUCUCCAGGAUCAGAGGAUCAUGUGGAACCAUCUGAUGAUGUUUGGCUUACUGUAACAGAGAUUCCUCUAUUUACGCAACCCAUGAGUGCUCCCCCUCCUUCUAGACCCCCUCCUCCAAUACCAGCGAGGGCUUCAAAGUCGGAAGCCGGUUUGUUCACUUCAAAUGCAAGAAAAAAGGGUUAUGAGUUUUCUUCUUCCUCACAUUCCUCUCAAUAUUCUCAGAGUCCAAAGACAACCCGUCCUCCUGUUAAGAGCUCAACUGUGUCUCCGAUAGAUGAACUUGAGGAGUUUGCCAUGGGUAGGUCCAGGAAUAAUGUUGAUGAUUAUGCUAAUAUUCAUUCUGGUGAAGAGGCAAAUGCAUAUUCCUCUGCUGCUGCAUCUGCAGCUGCCAUGAAGGAAGCAAUGGAAAAAGCUGAGGCUAAAUUUAAGCAUGCAAAGGAAGUAAGGGAAAGAGAAUAUGCAAAGGCAGCUAGAAGUAAAGAAGCUGUAUAUUCAGAAAAAGAUCAAGAGGCUAUGCAAGACGAUCAGGAGAGAGAAUUCAGGGAAAACCAGGAGAGAUUAGAUCGUGAACGACGACAAAAGGAGGAGGAAGAAAGAGAGAAGAGGAGACUUGAGAAGGAGAGGGAGAGAGCGAGGGAGAUUGAAAGGGAAAAGGCUAAACAAGCCGUGGAAAGGGCUACCAGGGAAGCACGUGAGAGAGCGGCUGUUGAGGCACGUGAGAGAGCAGCUGCUGAAGCACGCCUAAGAACUGAAAGAGCUGCAGUUCAGAGAGCACAAGCUGAAGCCCGUGAAAGGGCAGCUACUGACGCAAGAGAAAGGGCAGAAAAGGUUGCUGCAGAAGCUAGGGAAAGGGCAAAUGCUGAAGCAAGGGAGAAAGAAGUUAGGGAGAAAGCUGCUGCUGCUAGAGCUGAAGCUGAAGCACGACGCAGAGCAGAGCGGGCAGCUGUAGAAAGGGCUGCUGCUGAGGCUCGGGAAAGGGCUGCUGCUGCUGCUAGGUUGAACCAACAAAAGAAUGAUAAUGAUCUUGAAUCCUUUUUCAGCAUGGGUUCCCGCCCAAGCAGUGCACCAAGACCAAGGGCAAGUUCUUCUUUUCAGGACCCUGUGUCGGAUCCCCAAUUUCAGAAUAAGGGAGUACCUGAAGGUGGAAGGAGGACAUCAUCUGUUAAUAUGUCAUCCAACAUGAGGAAAGCAUCUUCAACUGUUAAUAUUGUUGAUGAUCUCUCUUCAAUUUUUGGAGCUCCUCCAUCAUCUGGAGACUUCCAGGAAGUUGAAGGAGAAACUGAAGAAAGACGAAGAGCUAGAUUGGAACGCCAUCAAAGGACUCAGGAACGUGCGGCUAAGGCACUGGCCGAAAAGAAUCAACGGGACCUUCAGGCUCAGAAGGAUCAAGAAGAAAGACAUAGGAUUGCUGAAGCAUUAGAUUUUGAAAUCAAGCGUUGGUCUGCUGGGAAAGAGGGAAAUUUGCGUGCACUGCUUUCAACACUGCAAUAUGUGCUAUGGCCUGAAUGUGGUUGGCAGCCUGUUUCUUUGACUGAUUUGAUUACCGGUGCUUCGGUGAAAAAGGUCUAUAGAAAGGCGACUUUGUGCAUCCAUCCCGAUAAGGUUCAACAAAAAGGUGCCACCCUUCAACAAAAAUAUAUUGCUGAGAAGGUGUUCGACCUUCUUAAGGAGGCUUGGAACAAGUUCAAUUCAGAGGAGCUCUUUUGAAUCUUGGUGACCAUUCUUUCACUUGAAGCUACUACAGAAGGUAACCAUUUGUUGGGAGAAAAUUUUCAUGACUGCUCCAGCAAAUAUAUUUGGCUUGUCUGCUGCUAUCUUGCGCGGGUUUUGCUUUUAUGUAGGGGACUUCCAACCGCGACGAGAUGCCUGAAUUGGUAAGUGUAAGCUCCCGCUGCUGUAAAUUGACAUCAGUUCCUGCAGAUAUAUGGGGAGUCAAGGUGAGGUCUGUGUAGAGUAGAGUAUUCUUGGCCGGUCACAUAAUAUACGAGCAUGUCAAAUUGAAUCACCCAUCUCAUAUUCAUGAUAUAGUUUUGUAUCCUUAAGAUAUUUUUCUUGCCCCCCCCCCCCUCAUUUUUUUUGUUUUUCUUGGUUUGUGGUGGGUACUUGAUCUGUUGAAAAGAAUACCAAUAUGUUUAUUGA